UGAUGGAUGUUGGAGGAGUUGAAUAUACAAGAGAGUGUUCAUCACUGGAUGAUGGUGUCAUUGAACUCUGCAUUCAAAUCUCUCUGACAUUGACAUGUAGGGCUGGCAAAUCCAGGAGUCAAUAAUGAGAAACCACACUGCAAUAACAACAUUCAUCCUUCUGGGACUGACAGAAGAUCCUCAGCUGCAGCUUUUGCUUUUCCUUUUCCUCUUUCUCACCUACAUAUUGAGUGUAGCUGGAAAUCUGACCAUCAUCACCCUAACCUUGCUGGAUCCCCACCUUAAAACCCCCAUGUAUUUUUUCCUCCAAAAUUUCUCUUUCUUAGAAAUCUCAUUUACAACUGCCUGUAUUCCAAGAUUCCUAUACAAUAUAUCAACUGGGGACAGAACAAUUACUUAUAAUGCAUGUCUCACUCAAAUAUUUUGUACGGAUCUCCUUGGGAUAACUGAGUUCUUUCUCUUGGCAACCAUGGCAUAUGAUCGCUAUGUGGCCAUCUGCAAACCCCUGCAUUAUAUGACAAUCAUGAGCAACAAACUCUGCAAAACAAUGGUUGUCUGCUGUUGGCUGGCAGCACUUAUGAUUAUCCUCCCUCCACUCAGCUUAGGUUUUCAUCUGGAAUUCUGCAAUUCCAAUCUCAUUGAUCAUUUUGCCUGUGACGCCUCUACUCUCCUGAAGAUCUCAUGCUCAGACACCUGGUUGAUUGAGCAGAUGGUUAUAGCCUGUGCUGUGCUCACUCUCAUCACCACUCUUGUAGGUGUGGUUCUCUCCUACAUAUACAUCAUAAGGACGAUUCUAAAAUUCCCUUCUGCCCAACAAAGAAAAAAAGCCUUUUCUACCUGUUCUUCCCACAUGAUUGUCGUUUCCAUCACCUAUGGCAGCUGCAUCUUCAUCUACAUCAAACCAUCUGCCAAAGAAGAGGUAAACCUCAAUAAAGGAGUGGCAUUGCUUCUUUCUUCCAUUUCACCAAUGCUGAAUCCUUUUAUAUAUACUCUGAGGAAUAAGCAAGUUAAACUAGCCUUUCAGGACUCACUCAAAAAAAUUGCAUUUCUUUUAAGAAAGUAAAAUGUGUCUCUUGAUAAAGGCACUCAAAAGAUGCACCUCUACCUUAUUUUUCCAUAAAGCUGAUAACCAAUAUUAUAGUUUCUUAGCUUUUACACCAAUCAGGUUGAUGUCACUGUCAUUUAAUCCUUCAU